AUGAACACCGAGCUGAAUGCCACGUGGGCGGACAACCUCAAGCGUCGACUCGGUCUCCAACUUUCAGUUUCCCUCACUGUCUGGCGUGCUUCGCCGUUGCUGAUCAUGAAGACUUCCGACUGCUCAGAAAUUGCAGCUAUGAAGUUCGCUCGACAAAACACGAACAUCCCCAUUCCACGGAUCCAUGAAUCCGAUUCCCGCGACUGGCUCUUCAUGGACUUCAUCGACGGCGAGACGUUGUGGGAAUGUUGGGACCGCCUCAGCUUCUUCCGUCGAUUUCGUGUGGCUUGCACGCUACGACUCUUCAUCAAACAGCUACGCGCCCUCGCCCCACCUGCUGCCCUCAUCGUUGGCUCGUUAGACUCUGGUCAUGCGAAAGGCAUUGUCUUUGGCGAGACGGAAUACGCCCCGUUCCGAUCCAUGGACCAUUUCCGUCGCUUCUGCAAUGUGGCCGCUUUCCUAGGCUGGGAACACACCCCAGGAACGAACGCCAUACGCUUGGAAGUUGGACCACCGCCUCGCCCCACGAUGGACUGGACGCCUGUGUUUUCGCAUGCUGAUCUCAAUCGGUCCAACAUCAUCUUGGAUCGACAGGGAACAUUGUGGAUCAUCGACUGGGCGAUGGCCGGUUUCUAUCCACGCUGCAUAGAACCCAUUGUGAUGCAAGACAUGGAAGAUCCUGUCAUGUUUCCACAGCUUGCAAAUUCUUCGUGGCCGUCAUUUAUCCCUUUCAUCGCUGGCCGCGUCACCGACGAAGAAAAAGCCUACUGGCGGUACGUUACCACAGGGAUUGACCACCGUCGCCCAGGAGUCACUGUAUAA